GACCCCACUGAUCCACGUAUCCUUCAUCUGUUCAUUCCACACAAAUCUCAAAGAAUCAUAUUUCUAAUAGGAAGAACCAGAGAAGAAGCAAACUCCAUGCGGGCGUUACCAUUACGUUCCUCUGGCUUUCCUUUUGCUUCCAAUUUCCUUGACUAAAGAAUUACUCUUUAAUCUUUCCAGUUCACAAACUAAAAUACUUAACUGUUUUUUUUUUUUUCUUAAUUUGUUUCGUUUUCAUUCAUGUGUUUGAUGAGAAAAGUUGCAGAGGAAUGAAGGUUUUGACAGACAGAGAAGCAGAGCCGGAAGAUGGAAGAUGUGCCUGGCGCAAUGGGGACAAGCGCUAGCUUGGCUCUGAGAUUGGGCCAGGCUAUUUUCUCAACAGCUUCCCUUCUGUUCAUGUGUCUGGGCAUUGACUUUUACAGUUAUACUGCUUUCUGCUAUUUGGUGACUGUAAUGGGUUUGGUAAUUCCAUGGAGCGUAACUCUGGUGCUAGUGGAUAUAUAUUCUGUCUUUGUUAAAUGUUUACCUCAUCAACCAAAAAUUCUUUCAGCCAUUAUCAUUGGAGAUUGGGUUUUAUCAUUUCUAUCAUUAGCAGCAGCGGGCUCAGCAGCAAGUGUUACAGAUCUUCUGCUUGAUGUUGGAACUUCAUAUUGCCCUGCAAAGAUGUGUAGCAGAUACCAGUUGUCUGCUGCUAUGGCUUUCCUGUCAUGGUUUCUGUCAUUUGCUUCAUCUCUCUUCAAUCUUUGGCUUCUACCUUCUUUGUAAACUCUUCUAGUUUCUGUAUGGACAUAAAUGAACCAUUUGGGCAAAUCUUGACAAAGUCUUGUUGCUCAAUGUCAAAGCUUGUACAAUAUUGAGUACUUUUAACAGUUUACAGCUAAUAUUAAAUGAUAGAACCGGUUCCCCCAUCAA